AUUCCGGAGCUAUGGGAUGAGAAUGGGAAUGCAUUCAUCCACCUAUUUCCAAAGGCAUCCAACAAAGGGCCGUCUUUCCGGAUCCACUCUCAUCUAUUUGCAGAGUCCCCGGGAUUGAACAAACUGGCGCGCGCAAAUCAGACACUUGAAGCACAAAUGUCUGGGGUUUCUCUCGCUCCUGGUUCAACGGAAGGCAGCGAUGGCGGUCUGGCCCCGUAUGGGACCGAUUUACUCCAGGCUCCGGAGAUCCAUCUCUAUCUUCCGCUACCCCUCAGCAUCAAUCGGAACCCGCCGCAACCAGGACAGCCGGAACGAUUAACGGGAGAGGAUAUGGACGUGUUGAUAAACGUGCGCAACGUGUUCUCCUUUCUCGUUGGGCAGUCGUUGGUGGCGACGGAGCGAAUACCGACGCCUUUCCACGUAUUCAUGAACGUUGCAGAGCAGCUUAAUCACUUCGAGUUCUCAAACAUUGAUGGAUCGACGUUCGGGGAGGCGGCGAAUACUUCUUUCACCCUCUACAUUGACGAGCUGGGGCUUGCCGAUGUACGUAGCAGCCGGGAGAACACCAUUGAAGCGGUCGUCCUGGCCGAGAGGAUGCGAAGCGUGGUGCUGUACAAUGAAGCAUUCGUUCACGCCGUCGGGAAAUAUGAAGAAAUUGACAAGGUCAAGUCUCCAAAAUUCGAGCUCAUCAGCCCGAUGACGCGUAACCGACUCGAGCGCGCAAGCAUGGAUCUCUUCCUCCGCCAAAAGACGCUCAACUCCAAACUAGAAGACUUCCAAUUCCCAUUCCUCUUCUCCGGCAUCAUGAACAGCAAGACCAGCGAAGAAGGCAAGCUAGUGCGGUUCGACGUGUGGAAAGAGAAUUUCAUGGUCACCCGCCGAUUCAUCCUGGGCUACUACAAAGACAAAUACGGCGCCUGGCCACCGAAGGCGCGCCACAAAAAGAACGCCCUCACCAUCGAUGGCCUCAACCGCAUCGUCCUCAAAUCCCUCUACGCCGACCUUGCGCAACUAUACGACCUCCUCGUCGACCGCACCGCCCUCACCCCCCGCUCCUACGACGGCGUCUCCCAAUCCGCCGAUUCCACCGACCCCACCGGCCAAAACCCCAUGGCCGUCGCCCUCCGCUGUGUCCUCUCCGAAUACGAUCGCUCCGUCCCCCCCGUCCUCCCCCCCAUCCCCUUCGAUCUCCCCAUCUUCCCUACCCUCACCCGCCCGGACUUCGGCCGCGGCGACACCAAGCACGACACCAAAACCGCCCGUAAAAAGCUCAAAGACGGCGAUCUUCACGCCGUCCUCCGCGCCUCCCGCAACCCGGACGCCGCCCAAGUCCCCACCCCCUUCCUCGCCGCCUUCCAAUCCUUCGAAGCCAAGUUCGCCCGCGGCACCACUCUCGACGACCUCCGCGAAUUCCGCGCUGGCCUCUGGCUGUUCCUCUACGCCGUCUUCCAAUCCCUCCCCCUCCUCGUUGUUGACGCCCCCGGAGUCCGCUUCACCGACGGCGUCGAGUACUUUCUCUGCCAGCCGCCGCGCGCCGGCGCCCCCUGGGCGAAGGCACGCGCGGACGGCGGGGCCGACAAGACCUGGUUCGGGGUCGCGGGGACGACGGGCGUGGUGAGCAUGCCGAUGGAUGUGAUCAAGCAUGGGGUCGAGGGGGUGUAUCGGCGCAGUCAUGCGUGGGUGCGCGGGGAUAUGUGGGCGAAG